GGGGCGAGCUUAUUGGCUGGGAGGCUUUAUUUGGGCGGAGCUUAGAGAACGGCAUAUAAGGCUAGAAAGGAAGCUCAGUAUUGUGUUGCAGGCGUAUAAGGCUAGAAAGGAAGUUCAGUAUUGUGUUGCAGGCGUCGUGGCCGGAAGGUAGUCCAUCACUCCUCUCUCUCGGAAAGCUGACUUUGUUCCUCUUCCUUGGCCACCAUGGGUCUGGAAGCGAAACCUCUCUCCGUCUCCCAUCCCUACUGGCCUCGGGACUUGAAGCUGCAGCACUACGUCCCCAAUGACCGCCCCAUGUGGCAGAUCUUGACUUUCCUUUUCUCGGUGUCGGGGGCCCUCCUGAUAUUGACCUGGCUGGCAGUGGGACGGUGGAACCGGAAGGAUGCCCCCUUUGGGACGUGGCGCUCCUUGGCUGUCUGCUGGUUCAUGAUCUGUGGGUUCAUUCACGGUGUAAUUGAGGGGUGGUUCAGCCUCUACUACACAGAGAUCCCGGGAGAUCAGUCCUUUCUCUCGCAGCUGUGGAAGGAAUACGCUAAAGGAGACAGCAGAUACGUCAUAGCGGACAACUUCACUGUGUGCAUGGAGACCAUCACGGCCUUAUUCUGGGGGCCCCUGAGCCUCUGGACGGUGCUCGCCUUCCUUUGGCGGCAGCCCCAUCGAUUUCUGCUGCAGCUGACAGUAUCGCUGGGUCAGCUAUAUGGAGACGUGCUUUACUUCUACACAGAGUAUCGUGAUGGUUUCACCGGACACCCCAUCUACUUCUGGUUCUACUUUGUCUUCAUGAACGGCUUGUGGAUUGUUAUCCCUGCCCUCCUCAUCCUGGAUGCCUGGAAGCACCUCAGUGCCAGCCAGAGGGCGAUGGAUGCCAGCAAGCUGAAAAGUCACUAAUAGACCUGCCCGAGAGGGCCAGAGUGGCCAUUGGGACAGCAUCAUAACUCUUGGAGAUUUUGUUGACCCCUCUCUGUUCCAUUGGCUGAGGGGGGUGGGGAUCAUCCUCCAUCUUCUUUCAUUGGUCCAGUCUGCAUUUUAGCUUGAGAGAGUGCAGGCAACGAGAACCAAAACAUGGCUCUGGCAGCACUCACUGCUUUUUCCCACCAUGGACUUUGGUAGCUUUUUUAAAAAAUACAGAUGUGUAUAGAGUUACGCUGUGAGCAACAGAGAAUCCUUGUCCUGCUUCCCUAGAGUAUGCCCUGUGCUAAAAUUGUGCCCAACCAGAGCACUGUCACCCGUUGGAGAACACAGAAGCACUUUUCAGUUGAAUGGCAUUUUGCCUGAACUUCCUUGGGGGAUCCUUCCUGGAUCAAAAAGGCGGCGUGGAAAAUCAAACCAGGGCUGUAGAGGCACUGUCUGGAGUUUGAAUCUCCCUUCUGGCUGCAGAACUCUGAACUGUUCCACAGUUUGGCUCAGGGUCCUGUUAGUGCCUCUUUCUGCGCUGGGCCUUUCUGUCUUUCUCCUGGAUUUGGACCAGUGUGAUUUGAAGCUGGGAGAGAGACGCAGAGGUGCGCUGAGAGAGCUGUGUUUGUCUCUCCCAACGGUAACAAGAACUCGGAGGCCCUUUUUGGGUUAAAUUCAAGGCAGAUGGUCACCCGGAGGCCCUUUUGGGGUUAAAUUCAAGGCAGAUGGUCAAUGAAGCCUAUCAGCUGGUUAUAGGGCUGUCAAGUCCUUCCCAGCCUCUGGCAGGGGACUUGUUUUGUGUGCACUUUGCGAUGAUGUCACCCACGAGUGACAUCAUCAUGCCAGUGACGUUGCACACUGGCUGCUCUAGGCGUUUCCAGGAAAACCCUAUGGUUUUCCCAGAUGCUCUAGCAUUUUGGGAGGGAAAAACUCUCUGGUAUCUAUUGUACCAUAGAGUUUUUCCUCCCAAAUUGCUAAGAGCGUCUGGGAAAAACAUAGUUUUCUUGGAAAUACCUAGAGCAGCCGGCACACAUUGCGAUGACAUCACUCAUGGGUGGUGCUAUUGCGCUGCCAACAUCAGGGGAGGUUCCGCCUGCUGGCAGUGUGGGCUGGUGGGUUGGGAACCUGGGAGGGAGAACCCCCACGCAGACUCGGGGCUUGGCAGCUCUAGCUGAUUAUAAGAGUUCCCAGCAUUGUGCCCAUGGGCACCAUGGCACCCACAGACACCUUUCCUGGUGUCUGCCAAGUGCUUUUUAGAAAAAGGGCGGGGCUAGAUGCAGCUGUCUUGAGAUUUCCUUUCCUAUUGGAUGCCUAGCAUCAGGCAACAGCUGGAAGCAGAGCGGCCAGUUCUGUAGCUCCGAUGAAGGGAUUGAAUACGAAGCGAUCGCAGGCCGUUCAGCUGAACAGCUGGCUGCCCUUUUCCUUGCUGGGGAAAAUGUACACAUCGCUGAAAGACGGCGGCUACUUUUGAAUGAAGCCAGUAAAAUCAGUUCUUGGGACUGGUUUGUCACAAUGAGUGUAUUACUGAAAGGUCUGUUGACCCCAUAAUAAAGACUACGUAAGGAUUUUCACUGA